AGAGGUAGAUAAUGUCGAUGCAUAGCGUUGUUAAGUAACGUAUUUCCUCUAUUUCAAUAAUUCUCUCUCUACUACUUUCUAGAUUAGUAGCCAGAAAAUUAAGAAAAAAAUUAAUAUAGUCAGCAUUAAUCAGUGAACUUUAUAUUAUAGAUAAAUGAAAAUAGAAUUUAUACCGUUAUAGUUAGACACGACAUGAUGUAGGUAUAGAAGUGGGAGUGGAUGUAAUGUCAUUCCCUCGAAAAAAAAUUUUUGCGGCAAUGCUUCUAGUAUUCUAAUAGUUGCCGAGGCAAGAAUAUAGAAGUGACAAUUUUGAUUCUCAAUAUUUUAUUGUCAUCACACAUAAAUUGAUGUAGAAAAUUAUCCGACAAUCUUAAUUCACGUUUGAUUUAAAUAAAUAUAUAAAUUAAAUAUAAUGUUAUGUAUUGAAAAGAAAUUAUAUAAAUUAUACAGUGCAAAUAUAUAUAUAUAUAUAGAAUUUAAAAAAAUAAUUUAAAAAAAUACAUACAAUCAAAUUUAAUAUUGCUAAAUUUAUAAUAUAAUAUGCAAUGUUACACUAACAAUUUCAAAUUUUAUAAAAUUAUUUUAAAAAGUAUAUGCAGUGAUUCAGAAUUAUUUAAACAGUAAAAGAUUAUAUUCAAUAAAUAAUUAUUAUAUAAUAAUUUUAUUUAAAAAUGAAUAUUUGGUAAUAAUAUUUUUUAUAUUAUAAAACAUCAUAAUUUUUAAGAAAUUAUAUUAUAAAUUUAUAUAUAUUUCAUUCACGUGUGCAAAAUUAUUAAAUAUAAAAAAAAUAAUAAUGAAUACUGUAAAAAAUAAUUGUGAAAUUGGAAAUGGUUUAGAUGAUCUUGGUAUACCUGGACAAGGUUUUUUAAGAGAUGCCUUAACAAGUUGUACAGAUCCAUUAAAAGCAAUUGAAGAAUUUCAAUUAGAAAAUGGUAUUCUACUUCCAUCUUUAAGACCUAUGUUACCUUUGCUUGAUCUUCAUGGAGUAAGAAGAUUAGAUUUUCAUGCAUCAGUUCUUGAAGAAUUAAGAGAAAAAUUAAUAAAAAGAAUCAAUGAAAUUGGGACAGAAAGAGCAGAUAAAGGUUCAGCAGGAGACAGAAGAUUAAAAGAAUUAUUAUCUAAAAGUUUUCCUGCUGUAAGAGUUACAGCAUUAAGACCAGUUGUUAUGUGUAUUUUAAGAAAUACACCACAUAUAGAAGAUAAAUAUUUACGAGUACUUGUUCGAGAAAAAGAAUUAUAUAAUGAUGCAGAUACUGAAGUUAAACGUCAAAUUUGGAAAGAUAAUCAAAGUUUAUUUGGAGAUGAAGUUUCUCCAUUAUUUAGCCGGUAUAUUAUUGAAAAAGAACAGAUAUUAUUUGAUCAUCGUAAUUUAAAUAGUCUUUUCUUUAUGCCUUCUCCAAAGGUAAGAAGACAAGGUGAAGUGGUACAAAAAUUAGCACAUAUGAUUGGACAUAGUGUAAAAUUAUAUGAUAUGGUGUUACAAUUUUUAAGAACUUUAUUUUUACGUACAAAAAAUAUACAUUACUGUACAUUAAGAGCAGAAUUAUUAAUGGCUUUACAUGAUUUAGAGGUACAAGAUAUUAUUUCUGUUGAUCCAUGUCAUAAAUUUACUUGGUGUCUUGAUGCAUGUAUUAGAGAAAAAAAUGUUGACAUUAAAAGAUCCCGUGAAUUACAAGGUUUUCUGGAUAGUAUUAAGAGAGGUCAAGAACAAGUAUUGGGAGAUUUAAGUAUGAUAUUGUGUGAUCCAUAUGCAGUAAAUUUUCUUGCUAGUAGUGCCAUUAAAAUUGCACUUCAUUUGAUAAAUGGUGAAGCAUUACCUAGAGAAAAUGCAGUUCUUGUACUAUUACUCAGAAUGCUCGCAUUAGGUUUAUCUGCUUGGCAAAUGAUUGAUUCACAAGAUUUUAAAGAACCAAAAUUGGACAGUCAAGUUGUAACAAAAUUUUUACCUGCACUUAUGUCUUUAAUGGUAGAUGAUCAAAUAAGACAAUUAAAUUGUAAACUUCCACCUGAUGAAAGAGAAAGUGCAAUUGCUAUAAUAGAACAUUCUGGUCCUCCUCCUGAUGCUUGUCAAGCAUAUGCACAACUUUCAGGUGUUGCUGCUGUUUUAUCUAUGUAUUAUGCCUUACAUGUAGGAGGCGGUGGUGGAGUAGGAAAAGGAAGAGGUGAUGCUAGGGGUCUAAUGAGAGUAUUAGCUACUUUACCAAAUUGUCAAGCACAACGUGCAUUUGAAGAUCCCUUUUUGCAUACUUUGGUAUCUUUAUUAAUAUUAAACAUGGCUGAUGAAUUUUCUAAUGAAUCAUUUUGUACAGUUAUAUUUGAUGAAUUUUUUCUAGCUGGAUUAGGUAGAGAUAAUGUUACUCGACAUUUAUUAAAAUUACUUUGGUACAUUCAUCCAAAAUUACCACCGACUCGUCUUCAUACAUUAAUGAAAGCACUUCAACCAACUAGUCAGCAUAAUGAAGCAGUACAUAAUCUUUAUGAAGCUUUACGUGAUAAAAUUGGAAAUCGUUCAACAGAGGAUCAAUUAACAACAACAGCACAAAUAGAUACAUUAGGACUCGAAUGUCCACCUUCUCCUCUUACUGGUGUACCUACACCAUCUUCUUGUUCAUUAUAACAACAAUAUAAUAUAUUAUUUAAUUUUGUGUAAUUUUCCUAUUGUGUAUCUUUUUGUACAUUCACGAAUAUAACUUAACAAUUUAAUUUGUAAA